AUGGCAAGCAUCCACGAUGAACAUAUGCCAGGCGGGCGGACGGUUCCUUUUGGCGUCUAUGAGCCACCAACAGCAAGAAGGGCGGCUGUUAGGAUAGGGUGUCCCACAUUGGUGGCGCAACAAGGGCUCUGGAUUAAGCUCAAGCUCUCUGUCGUCCUCUCCCAGCCAGGGGGUCUACACACCAUCUCGGUGGUGAUUGUAGUUGUUGUCACGGUACCUACUCCAGCUGCUCGCUCUUGUCUCCGCCGCCUUCACAAUUGGAGCUCCCGGGGGGAGACUGGUCUCCUGGCCAAGAACGCGUCCCCCUUGUUCGGGUUCAAGGUCUCGUCCCCCAAAGCUAGAGCCCUAUUGCCGCCUGAGCUCGGGGCUCAAUUUUGGGAGUGGUGCUCUCUGCCCGAUCAAGCAAACGCUAACAGACAACGUUCCGUGUCUGCCCUGUCGGGCUCCAAGCUCCAUGGAUUACCUCUCUCGGUCCCCGCGGCGCAUCCCCACGUUUACUCGUUCUUGAGCCAGUCUGAGCCUGCGGAGCAAGCCGUCUGUCUAGCCAUCAAUCAGGAUGAUCUUGGCUACGAUACACCCCUCCGUGAUGGGCUUGUUCCUGGGCUGCUGCAUGGAAGAUCGCAGGCCUGGGAAGAACGCCUUUCGAGACGAGAGAUGGGCCAUAGCAAUGGCGGCCAACUCUGGGAAUGA